GGAGGAACCAGGAUGAGGAAAAAGAAGAGAGAGUGGAGCAGAGCACCCAGACAGAAAACCUGAUGAAAGAGGCAGAAGCACAGACAACGAAGACUGAAGAGAGAAAAGACCAGCAAGAAGUGGUGGAAGUGGCUAGAACAGACAGAUGCCCAAGGAAGAAGAGAAUGGUAAUCAAGAAAGCCCCAGUACGUGUCAUUGGAGACAGCAUGGUUAGGAAGACUCCCGACUUUGUGAGAAGGGAAAUUGAGUGCACCAGCAUGGGAGGUGCUAAGAUUCAAGAUGUCAAGAGAAAAGUCAAGGAAGAAGUGCAAGAAAUGGAAGAGAGAAGCCUGCUAGUUAUUCAAGGAGGAGGCAACAACUUAGUAGAGGCAGGUGCUGAAGAGACAGUAAAGGAAGUGAUAGAAGCAGUGAGUGCAGCAGAAGAAAAGAUGUGUGUGGCCGUGGUGGGGGUCCUGCGGCGCCCACGGGAAGGAGUGCAGUAUGAGAAGGUCAGAAGAGAAACAAACUGCAAUAUAUGCAUGGAACUCAUGAAGGUCAAGAUGGAAUGGAUGGCAGAGAAGAAGGGCAACGUGAGCUUCCUAGACAUGGAUGGGAUCCUCGACCAAGACAAAUUUUUCGGGAGAGAUGGGGUCCACCUCAACCACAAUGGGAAUGAGAGGCUAGGACGUCAACUGGCUGAGUGGAUGAGGGCGAGGCAGGUGUGUUGUGUGGACGAGGCAUGACGAGGAGGACCCACUGAUGUCAGUGAAUAUGGAAGAGAAGAGACUAACCAGGCAAGUAAAUGUGUGAAGAUUGGCUGUAUGAGUGUGAGAGGAUGGGGUGUGGGCAAGUUUGAGGAUGUAUACAAGGAGCUCAGGGAGUGGAGGUUCGACUUAGUUGAGAGAUGAUGUACGAAUGGAGGGAUGCGAGUAUGUUAUGAUUGGAAAAGGGCGUAAGGCACAGGAAACACUGGGAGGAGGCGUAGCCCUACUCUACAAGAAAGAAAGAGGACUGAAAGUAGAGGAGAUUGAUGUGGGGGAGUGUACAAGUAGUGAGGAUGUGCUUGCAGUCAGAGUGGAAUGCAUGGAUGGUCGUGGCAGACCAGAGAAGGUGGUACUGGUGGUAGCGUACAUGACUGUCAUGGGUGAAAGAGCAGAGAGGGAAAAUAGGAGGAAGUAUGACAUACUUAAGAAAGUUGUGAGAGAGCAUGGAGAGGAGAGAGUGCUAGUUAUGGGUAACAUGAAUUCACAUGUGGGAAUACUGGGGGAACAGGUGAACAGGAAUGGUGAAAUGCUUGGAGAGUUUGUUGAUGAACUGGAGCUGGAAAAUCUGAAUGUUACUUUGGUUGAGGGGCGUGUGACUUGGAGUGCAAGAGAGCAGGAAUCGACAACUGACUACGUGUUGGUGAAUGGAAGAAUGUGUGAAAUUAUGUCGCAUAUGUGGAUAGAUGAGGAUGGUUUGGUUGAUAUUGUGUCUGAUCACAACAUGGGUGUGGAGUGCUUGAUGCAGGGUGGGAAUGAAGUGAAAGUAGCAAGUAAGAAAAAGAAGUGGAGACUGAGAGAUAUAGGGUGGGAGGACUUUCAGGUUGAUCUGAGUGAGAGAAGCUGGGACGACGGAAGUCUGCAUGACAUGGAGCAUCUGAAUGAGAAACUGGUUGAGGACGUGAGUAUAGGAGACUGAACAAUCAAAUUAGGAAAGAAACCCGAGAUGCCGUGAAGCUAAAAGAAAGGGAGAUAGCAAAGAAUGUGAAGGAAAACCCUAAACUAUUUUGGAAAUAUGUGCAAGCUAAGACAAAAAGCAAAUCAAGGAUCCCGGAUUUGUACAAGGGCACUGUGGAAGGAGGUCGAACUGAAAAUGAUCUGGAAAAAGUUGAAGUUUUAGCAGAGCAAUUCUCAAAAGUGUUUGUUAUGGAGCCAGAAGGCGAGGUACCGCACUGUGAGGUGAAGAAUGUACCAUCAUUGAAUCACCUGCAAAUAAAUAAAGAAAAAAUUGAAAUGAUCAUUAAAAAUCUAAAGAAGUACAAAUCUCCGGGACCUGAUGGAAUACAUCCCAGGAUUAUAAAAGAAGUAGCGGAACUAUUGUCGGUGCCUUUAGAAAUAAUAUACCAGUACUCCUUUACACAUAAGGAGCUCCCGCGAGAUUGGCUUAUUGCUAACAUUACACCUAUAUUUAAAAAGGGCUCCAAGCAUGAUCCAGAAAAUUACAGGCCUGUUAGUUUAACUAGUAUUAUAUGUAAAAUUUUUGAAACAAUGAUGAGGGAGGAGAUAAUGGCACAUAUGAGAAGCCAUGGUUUAUUUAGUGAAAAGCAAUAUGGCUUUAUCUCUGGGCGAUCAACAGUACUUCAACUCAUAAAGGUUUUGGACAAAUGGACUGAAUAUAUUGAUGAGGGACAUGCAGUGGAUGUAAUAUAUUGUGAUUUCAUGAAGGCUUUUGAUAGAGUUGCACAUCGAAGACUGCUAAGUAAAAUCAAAAGUUAUGGAAUUGGAAUGGAAUACCUGGAAUGGAUUACAGCAUUUCUAACACAUAGACAACAAAGAGUGGUGUUAAAGGGAGAAAUGUCAAGAUGGAAGCCAGUGACUAGUGGAGUGCCACAGGGAUCUGUUCUUGGGCCGUUGUUGUUUGUCAUUUAUUAAUGACCUCCCUGUAAGUAUAUUAAAUAACAGCGAAGUUUACCUGUAUGCUGACGAUACAAAGAUAUUCAGGUGUAUAAAAGAAAAAGAUGAUUGCCUAAAGCUGCAGCAGGAUGCUAUGGAGCUAUACUCAUGGAGUGAAAAAUGGCUGUUAAGUUUUCAUCCGGAUAAGUGCAAAUAUAUGAGGAUAGGAAGAACAAGUAUUGAAGAUCAAGAUUACAAAAUGGAAAAACAACUAGAAAAGAUUACUUCUGAGAAGGAUGUAGGGGUAAUAUUUAAUGAUAAAUUAAGUUGUGUGGAUCACCUUGCAGAGAAAGUGAACAAAGCCAACAAAAUAGUGGGCAUAAUUAGAAGGACCUUUGUCACAUUGGAUACAACAAUAUUUAAGGCUUUGUUUGUGGCAUUGGUAAGACCACAUGUGGAGUACGCUAACCAGGUAUGGAGUCCACACCUAGUGAAAGACAUUGAGAUGGUCGAGAAUGUGCAGCAAAGGGCUACAAGGAUGGUGCCGGGACUCGAAGGACUGAGUUAUGAAGAAAGAUUAAAGAAACUGAACCUACCAACACUGGCAUACAGAAGAGCACGGGGAGAUAUGAUAGAGACCUACAAGAUACUUACAGAUAAAUAUGAUAGCAUCUGCAGUCAAGGCAUAUUAACACUCAGAGAAGAAAACAUCAGUAGGGGAAAUUCACUGAAGCUGUUCAAGAAGAGGUCACGACUGGAUGUUAGGAAACAUGCUUUCCCUUGUAGGGUGGUUAAUAAUUGGAAUCAGCUGUCAGAAUGGGUGGUUGGAGCAAAAUCAAUUAAGCAAUUUGAGGGCAGACUUGAUAAAUUUUGGAUUAAUCAAGAAAUAAAAUAUAACUAUAAGGCAAAAAUCCACCGCACGCUACUACAAGGUGAACAUGUAGAUCUGGAGUCACAGGCGUAAGCCUCUUCCAGGAAGUCUUCUGUGAGUAUCUGUGAGUAUCUGUGAGUGAGGGGUGCUGCUGAGAACCAGAUAGGGUUUGUGAGAGUAGGUAGAAGAAAGAAUGUAUUUAAACCAUGGAGCGGCUAGGAAGGAGCGAAAGAGAAUUAGUAGACAGUGUAGAUGGCUGAGGAAAAAGAGGCAUGAAAGCGAUGACGCAGAGAAUGAGUAUCAGAAUGCAUGGGCAGCGUAUGUGAAGCAGCAGCGGUUGAUAAGACGAAUGAUAAUGAAUGCUAAAGUGAAGAGUGAAAGGAGUGUGAUUCAAUCUUUAAGGGAGAAAGGUAUGGAAGGUGGCCGUGAAUGGUACAAGUUCAUGAGAGGUGAGAAUAUGUCAGGCAGUGUUUGUGUGGAGAGUCUAAAAGUGGAGGGUGUAGUUAUAACAGAAGGACAGAAUCAGGGAGGCAAUCAAAGGGUUCUGGGAAGAAGUAGGUGGGGUAGGUGAGAUGUUUAGUGUGAGAGAAGGAUGUGUAACACUAGAAAGGAAGAAUGCAGAUGAACUGGAUGAAAGAAUCAGUAGGGAUGAAGUGGAGAGGUGUGUGAGAAGCCAGAAGAAUGGCAAGGCAGCAGGUCCAGAUGAUAUACCGUAUGAGUUCUACAAGAAUGGUGGGGAGGUAGUGAUAGACAGAAUGACUGAGUUAUUCAACCGAGUGUGGGAUGAAGAGAGAGUGCCAAGAAAGUUGAAUGAGAGCCGAGUGUGUCUGUUGCAUAAGGGAGGAUUUAAGAGUAAGAAUGAGCUGAAGAACUACAGGCCAAUUGCAUUAGUGAAUACAAUAGGUAAAGUUUUCAGUGCAGUGUUGAAUGAGAGACUGUGUAAAUGGAUUGAGACAGCUGGAGUGCUGGGUGAAGAACAGAAUGGUUUUCGUAGGGACAGGAGAGCUGAGGACAAUAUGUUUGUGGUGAAUGAAAUGAUUGAGAAGAAAAAGAAGGAUGGGGGUAAAUUGUACCUAGGUUUUUUGGAUAUAGAGAAAGCUUAUGAUAGAGUGAACAGAGAAAUGUUAGGUAGAGUCUUAGAAAAGAUUGGAUUGAGUGCAAAGAUAGUUAACAUAGUGCAAAGUAUGUAUGUGGACACAAGAGCUAGAUACAGGCUAGGAGACAUAGAAACAGACUGGGUGAAGAGUGAGAGAGGAGUUAGGCAGGGCUGUAUAUUGUCACCAACUCUUUUUAGCCUGUAUACAGAGGAGCUAGCAGCCAGGAUGAGAAGAAUGAAUGUAGGGGUAAGUGGGGAAUGAUAAAGUAUGUGUGCUCCUUUAUGCAGAUGACGUAGUUGUUAUGAGUGAAUCGGCAGAUGAGCUUCAAAGUUUAUUGGAUGUAGUGGAUGGCUAUGGUAAAGACUUUGGAGUAAGGUUUAGCAGUGAGAAAAGCAAAGUAAUGAUUGUGAAUAGGUCAGAGGAUGAAAGUAAUGUGGUAUGGAGACUUGGAGAGAAUGAGUUGAAACAGGUGCAAGAAUACAAGUACUUGGGGAUGUGGAUGAGUCCUAGUGGGUGUGCAAAGGCAAAGAAUGAAAAGAUAAGUAUGGUAAACCAGUGGGUAGGUCGACUGGGAAGCGCGGCAAGGAUGAGAGCAAGUAAGUAUGAUGUGUUGAGAGAAGUGUGGAAGAGUGUGGCUGUGCCAUGUAUAAUGUAUGGUAUGGAUGUGAUUGCCUGGAAUGAAAGUGAAAUUGAUAAGUUAGAAGUGGGCCAGAAUAGAGUAGCAAGGAUGGCACUGAGUGCACCGAGGUGCACAGCAGUUGAAGCCUUGAGAGGUGACAUGGGAUGGAGCACCUUUAGAGAAAGACUGACAAAAGCCACACUUAGGUACAAGAUUAGGCUUGAGAGAAUGGAUGAUGCAAGAAUAGCAAGUAAGGUUUACCUGUGGAAUGAAAGUGGAAGCAAAUGGAGGAAGAGAUGCAUGAGAAUGACAGACAGGAAUGGAUUGCAAGUUGUGUGGGCGAUAAGAAUGGCUGGUAGGAAUCAAAAUGAGCGUGAAUGGGUGGUAACAAAAGGAGGCAGAGUGGGAGCCGAAUGGGAUGUGAGAAAAUGGAAGAAUGAGAUAGACAAAGAAGUGAAAUGUGUGGGACUGAAUGAAUGGAAGAAUGAGAUGGAAAGAAAGAAGACCCUGGAAUGGUACAAGGAGAAAGAGGCCCCGAGGUAUGAAAGGUGGUAUGAUGGAAGCCUGGGCGGUGAUCUUCUCUUCCGAGCGAGGGCACAGUGUAUGGAUGUGAAUGCAAGGAGUUACAGGUGGUCUGAGUCCCGCAGCAAAGUGUGCCAGAUGUGUGACAUGGGAGAGGAUGAGACAGUGGAACAUGUGGUGCUGGAGUGUGUGAAGUAUGCUAGAGACAGGAAUGAGAUGAUGCAAGUGAUACUGACUGAGUUAGGGCAUGAUAGGAAUGAAAGAGUGGAGAAGACAGGAAAGGAAUGGAUGGUGUUGUUGCUGGGACUGUGUAGAGAGGCGAAUGAAAGGAUGAUUGAGGCGGUAAAAGAGUUUCUGGAGAGAAUGUGGCGUGCCAGGUGUAUGAACAAUUAGGAUAGAGGAUGCUGUUCGUUUCUCUCUUUUUUUUUUUUUUUUUUUUUUUUUCUCUCUUUCUACAGGAGUUGCCGAUCCAAAGGCCUGGCUCAAGAGUGAUCCUGUGCCACCUGUACCAUCAAGAUCAAGAUCAAGUUAGAUGAGGAUCAAAAUGGCUUCCAUAAAAGCAGUAGGACAGAGGGUUAAUAACUUAACAUAGGAAGGGGAAGUGGAAAUUUAAUAAUAGGAAUGUUAGAUUUUUAGCUCCUCGGAGCUCCGCCCACUUGACCGACUACUGAAGAACAGAGCAGUGGAGUUGCCUGGUGUGCUGCUCAUGGAAAAAGUGUCAUACAGUUCAUUGGCAAUGUAUUCUUCAUAGAGACCGCAGCAGCCUUAACCCAUCGCUCCUUGAAGUCUAUGCUAUUUAUAAGUAAAUAUUGUCAGCUGAAUAAA